AUGAGUGUAGUCUUGGACCGCGGCGCCUUCCUAUCGCAGGACCGUGACUACAACCAUGCCACAGAUGGCGAGUACAAGAGGCUGAGAGACCUGGCAGACCAGGCGUUCAAAAAGCGCGCUGAGCUGUCCCAUCAGUCCCAGCAGGCGUACAAGCAGGGCGAUGGCGCGCGCGCCAAGGAGCUCAGCGAGCAGGCCAAGCGACAGCUGGAGGCCGCGGAGCGUUACAACAUGCAGGCCGCGGAGUACGUGUUCACGUCGAACAACGCUGACAGCGGGUCGGAUGAAAUUGAUCUGCACGGUCUGUACGUCAAGGAGGCCCAGUGGAUCAUGAAAAAGCGGAUUGCGGCAGGCGUGCAGAGCGGAGAACCCCGCCUGCGCGUGAUCGUCGGCAAGGGCUUGCAUUCUGCAAACGGUGUUGCCAAAAUCAGACCCGCCGUGGAGGAACUGUGCUCGGAGGCGGGCCUGCGAUCGUAUGUGGACUCCAAGAAUGCAGGCGUGCUGAUAGUGGACCUGGAAAACGCCAAUGUGCCUGCCUCCUGGGACACCACUCCAUACAGCGGCCAGUUGCAGCCCAGCAAGCCACCUGCGGCGCACACUGGCGGCCAGCCGCAGGCGGGCUACCAGGCACCAGCACAGCCGCAGUACCAGCAGCAGCCGGCAGCAGGCCAGGCGCCCGGACAGGGCGCCCAAAACGGCCCGGAGAACCCCCUGGUUGCGGCUCUGCUCACUUUCUUCUGCCAGACUAUCUGCAAGCUCAAGUAA